CAAACGAAAUUUAAAAAUUUUCUGUGAUUAUUUGUAGUUUUGAGAGAGUCUAUUUCUUAAUCAACCAAAAUGGAUUGUCUAAUGAUAACAAUAAAGUAUGUUGUGGUGUUUUUUAACUUUUUAUGUGCGGUGUUUGGAAUUGUCAUAGUAGUUUUGAGUGCAUUGGUGAUGAAGGAACUUGGUGCCGCCAGUAAGCCAAUUUGUGUUAGUUUGAUCGUCUUCGGCAGCAUAAUACUUUGCAUCUCAUUUGUUGGCUGUUGCGGUGCGCUAACCGAAAGUUUAUGUUGCAUAUGGACGUACGUCCUAUGUUUGUUGGUACUUCUCGUGUGUAAUGUGAUAAAUAUAAUAUAUAUAAAUAAGGCUGAUAGCGCAGAGCAUGCACGUCAUGACGUCAAUUUGGCGUGGCAGCAUAUGAAAGAAGGUAGCGAUGUAACAAUGCAUAUGUUCCAAAGUACGAUGGAAUGCUGUGGCAAGACAAAUUAUAAUGACUACAUGACAGCAGGUAUACCAAUACCGAUAUCUUGUUAUAGGGACGCCAAUAUGUCACCUGAAAAUUUAUACCAAAGGGGCUGUUUAGCGGAACUCACCGAUAGUUAUAGCUCUUCCUUCAAGCGAAUGUAUAACUUCAGUUGGGUCGUAUUUGCUAUUGAGGCCGUUUCUUUAGUGCUUGCUAUAGCUUUGGGUGUUGCUUAUCAGCUGGAGGACUAG